AUGGCUCCAAAAAAGGAAUCCAAAAUUGACGAUAUGGCUUCGGUCGAGUUUGAAUCUUCCGAAGAGGUCAAUGUGGUGCCGACGUUCGAUAAAAUGGGAUUGAGAGAGGAGCUUCUCCGUGGAAUCUACAGUUAUGGUUUCGAGAAGCCGUCGGCGAUUCAGCAGCGCGCGAUUGUUCCAAUCCUCAAAGGUCGAGACGUCAUCGCCCAAGCGCAAUCGGGUACCGGUAAAACGGCGACGUUCUCGAUUUCCGUCCUCCAAUCGCUCGACACGCAAGUCCGCGAGACGCAGGCGCUGAUUCUCUCGCCGACCCGUGAAUUGGCCACUCAAAUCCAGAAGGUUGUUCUCGCGCUUGGAGAUUAUAUGAAUGUGCAAUGCCACGCGUGUAUUGGCGGAACGAAUUUGGGAGAGGACAUCCGCAAACUCGACUACGGACAACAUGUCGUCUCGGGAACGCCGGGACGUGUGUUCGACAUGAUUCGCCGAAGGAACUUGCGAACACGCUCAAUUAAAAUGCUCGUGCUUGAUGAAGCCGAUGAGAUGCUCAACAAGGGUUUCAAAGAGCAGCUCUAUGACAUUUAUAGAUAUUUGCCACCUGGCGCGCAGGUUGUCUUGCUGUCUGCGACACUUCCGCACGAGAUUCUCGAGAUGACAAGCAAAUUCAUGACGGAUCCGAUUCGAAUUCUUGUCAAACGUGAUGAGUUGACAUUGGAAGGCAUCAAGCAGUUCUUCGUGGCCGUCGAUCGCGAGGAAUGGAAGUUCGACACGCUCGUCGAUCUCUACGACACAUUGACGAUCACGCAGGCGGUGUUGUUCUGCAACACGCGCAGAAAGGUCGACUGGUUGACCGACAAAAUGAAGGAGGCGAAUUUCACGGUGGCGUCGAUGCACGGAGACAUGGAGCAGAAGGACCGCGAGCAGAUCAUGAAGGAGUUCCGCGCGGGCAACUCGCGAGUCCUCAUCUCGACCGAUGUUUGGGCGCGCGGUUUGGAUGUGCCGCAAGUGUCGCUUGUGAUCAACUACGAUCUGCCGAACAACCGUGAGCUCUACAUCCACAGAAUCGGCAGAUCGGGACGAUUCGGACGCAAGGGUGUUGCCAUCAAUUUUGUCAAGCAGGACGACGUCAGAAUCCUUCGCGACAUCGAGCAGUACUAUUCGACGCAAAUCGAUGAGAUGCCGAUGAACAUCGCCGACAUGAUUUAA